AUGUCUUCACUUAAAGAAGAUGCACCUAGUGAGAAACUAGAGAAAGUCAAUCCUGAUUUCAAUGAAAAAGACUAUAUUGAUACACUCCCUUUUGAUGAUGUUGACAAGUUGGAUGACUUUUCAGAGCAGGAUACCAAGAAGCUGCAUAAUGAAGAAGACCUGGAGAUUGCCAUUGUCAAUGAUGUUGCAUUGACUGAAGAUGAUACCUCACUGAGACCAGUGACCGUGCGAUCUAUAUUCAUUGGCGUGAUGUUGGCAUGUCUCAGUUCAUCGAUAUCACAACUCAUGGUGUUCAAGCCUGUGGGUAUUCCACUUACUGACACUUUCAUGAUGAUUUUAGCCUAUGUGUUUUGUACAUUUUGGGCUCGUGUUGUCCCCAAGGGCGGCUGGCUCAACCCUGGACCUUUCAACAUUAAGGAACAUACCUGUAUCUAUGUCAUGAUUUCUGCUGCCAACACUAGUGCUUAUGGUACCUGGAUUUUAUCUGCUCAAGAGCUCUUUUAUCAAGAUACACCUGGUGCUGCAGGCUCCAUCUUUUUGCUGAUUGCUACUCAAUUAGUAGGUUACGGUAUUGCUGGUCAAUUACGUCCCUACCUCGUUUACCCUGCCAACAUGACAUGGCCUACCAGUUUGCCUGUGGUUUCCUUGAUCAAGACGCUGAAUACAGACAAGCAAGAAGCCAAAUGGAGAACCCGAUUCUUUUUCAUGGUAUUCGGAGCUAUCUUUGUCUAUGAAUUCAUUCCUCAGUACAUGUUCCCCAUGCUCGGUGGUAUCUCUAUCAUCUGCCUUGCCAAGAAUGAUAGCAAAUGGGUGCAGCGUCUGUUUGGUGGCCUAGGCACCAACGAAGGCAUGGGCAUGUUCCAGCUCUCGUUUGAUUGGAAUCUCUUGACCUCUUACAAACCACUGUAUAUCCCACUUUGGAUCCAAUUGAACGUCUAUGGCGGCAUUGCUUUGCUUUGGGUAUUGGCUCCUUUGUUGUAUUACUUUGAUGUUUGGAAUGCUCAAAGUUUUCCCUACCUCUCCAACUCUAUCUUUCAAAGAUUCGACAAUGGUACUUCUCGCAUCUAUCCUCAGCACGAGGUGUUGAAUGCUGACAACUCGCUGAAUUACACUCGUCUGGAAGAAGUGGGAAGACCUCAAUUUGCUACUGUUUACGCUACCAACUACAUUUUUAUUAAUUUUGGUGUCACUGCUACUAUCACUCAUGUUGCUCUGUUCUACGGUAAAGCUAUUUGGGCUAAUUUUAAAAAAAGCAAGGCUUUCAAGGAAACUGAGGAAACCGAUAUUCACAUGAAAUUGAUGUCUGCUUAUAAAGAGGUUCCAAGCUGGUGGUACUAUGUGAUCUAUGUUUGUGGUAUUGCUCUCAACAUUGGUAUCGCGUAUGCCAACAAGAGUCAGCUGCCUUGGUGGGGUGUCAUCUUUGCCAUCUUCCUCUCCACUAUUCUUUCAUUACCAUUGAAUCUCAUCACUGCUGUCACUGGUUAUGGCUUUGGUCUCAAUGUGCUCACUGAAAUGAUCUGUGGCUUUAUUCUUCCAGGUCUCCCAGUUGCUAACAUGUACUUUAAGACUUUGGGCUACAACACAAUGUCGCAAGCUGGCGUUAUGGCUCAAGACUUAAAGAUUGGUCAUUAUCUUAAAGUGCCACCUAGAAUGACAUUUAUGCAUCAAAUUGGCGGCACCAUCAUUGGCUGCAUUUUCAAUUAUAUUGUCAAUGCCAGCAUUACCUCUUCAAAGCGUGAUAUUUUGCUAGAUCCUGUUGGAAACCAGUUCUGGAAUGGUGCAACACCUCAAACCAUCAACUCUGCUGCCAUCACUUGGGGCGCAAUUGGACCUUUAGCUAUGUUUGGCCCAGAUACUCAGUACUACAUCUUUUUGUGGGCUUUCAUCAUUGGGUUCUUCUUACCUGUGCCCGGUUAUCUUUUGCAUAGACGUUUCCCCAAUGCUGGUUUUGACAAGUUUAAUAUCCCCAUGAUCUUAACUGGCAUCUGUUUCAUGCCAGGUACCAAUACCUCUUGGGUCACUGUGUCCUUUGUGCUGGUUUUGGUGUUUCAAGGAUACAUCAAGAAGAGAUACAGUACUUGGUUUGCUAGACACACGUACCUUAUCUCAGCUGCUUUGGAUUCAGGUACCUCUUUGAUGGUUUUCUUUGUUUCCAUGGCAUUGCAAGGUGGCGUGAACGGUAUUACCUAUGAAUUUCCCAUCUGGUGGGGUAACCGCGCAGAUGCAGAUUACAUGGAUCAAUGCUGUCUGAACUGCUAA